AUGGCCGACUUCCUCCUCUUCGAGGGCCCUAUGGGCUACUCGCUUUUCAAGACCGUCCACAAGGGCGAUACUGUUGGCAAUGCCUUGAAGGAAGUUCAGGAUGGUGUCAAUGACCUUGCUAAGUUCGGAAAGAUGGUCGAGCUUUCAAGUUUCCUUCCUUUUGAGAACAACAAGCAGGCCCUUGGCGAAAUCAAUGACAUCUCCGAAGGUGUCGCAUCCGAGACUUUGAUCUCUUUCCUUGACUUGAACCUCCCUAAGGCGAACAAGAAGAAGAAGGUGGUUCUGGGUCUUGCCGAUAAGGGUCUGGCAGGAAGCAUCAAGUCCGCUUUCUCCCACGUCGACUGUGAGACCGGUGACACCAGCGAGAUCGUUCAGGAUCUUCUCCGUGGUAUUCGUCUCCACGCUGGCAAGCUGCUGAAGCAGCUGCGUGACGGUGAUAUGGACACUGCCCAGCUCGGUCUUGGUCACGCCUACUCCCGUGCCAAGGUGAAGUUCUCCGUCCAGCGUGACGACAACCACAUUAUCCAGGCCAUCGCCAUCCUGGACCAGCUCGACAAGGCUAUCAACACUUUCUCCAUGAGAGUCCGCGAAUGGUACUCGUGGCACUUCCCCGAGCUCAUCAAGAUUGUCUCCGACAACCAGCGCUACGCCCAGGUCGCUCUCUUUGUCAAGGACAAGAAGAAUCUUACUGACGAGAGCCUGCACGACCUCGCUGCCCUCGUUGAGGAUGAUGAGGGUAUUGCCCAGAGUGUCAUUGAUGCCGCCAAGCACAGCAUGGGCCAAGAGAUUUCUGAGGCCGACAUGGAGAACGUCAUCUCCUUCGCUGAGCGUGUCAACAAGCUCGCCAACUACCGCAAGUCGCUCUACUCUUACCUCGUCGCCAAGAUGAGUGUCGUUGCUCCUAACCUUGCUGCCCUGAUCGGUGAGGUUGUCGGAGCUCGUCUGAUCUCCCACGCCGGUAGCUUGACCAACCUUUCCAAGUACCCCGCCUCCACUGUUCAGAUUCUCGGUGCCGAGAAGGCUCUGUUCCGUGCCUUGAAGACCAAGGGUAACACCCCCAAGUACGGUCUGCUGUACCACUCUUCCUUCAUCGGCCGUGCUGGCCCCAAGAACAAGGGAAGAAUCUCGCGUUUCCUUGCCAACAAGUGUUCCAUCGCUUCCCGUAUCGAUAACUUCUCUGAUGCCCCUACCACCAAGUUUGGUGAGGCCCUCAAGGGUCAGGUCGAGGAGCGCCUGGAGUUCUACGCCUCUGGCGCUGCCCCCACCAAGAACGAGGUUGCCAUGAAAUCCGCCAUGGAUGCCGUUCUGGCCGAACUUGACGACGUUGAUGGCGACAAGAGCGACGAGGAGAUGGAGGACGCCGAGGUUGCCGAGGCCAAGAAGGAAAAGAAGGAGAAGAAGGAAAAGAAGGACAAGAGCGAGAAGGCCGACAAGAAGAAGAAGAGAAAGUCCGAGGGUGGUGAGGGCGAGUCCGACAAGAAGAAGAAGCGCAAGCACGACACGGACGCUGAGCCCUCCAAGAAGAAGCAAAAGGCCUAA